AUGAACUCCAACAUUCUUCUUAUUCUUUGCUUGGUUGCUACUGCCGCUUAUUCGGCACCAACUUCAUCAGCCAUCUCCGAAGAUUUUGAUCUUGACUCGUUCUUUGGAGCCGCUGGCGACGGCCAUUUUGCCAAUAUGGAUGUUGACGGUGUCGCUGUUCCAGUUGGCAAGAAGACUGAAAAACUUCCUGGACAGAAGAAAAUGAAGAACGACUUCAUUUCUGAGAUUGGAGAAGUCCCAAAGCUCGACAAACGCGUCGAAAAGACUGUGCCAGUCUGCGAGGAAUCCGAUGACGAUUACUUCGGAGAGGCUCAGGGUCCAGCUACCAAUCCAGCUGGCACAUUCUUGGAAGGAUCUGACUUCGAAAAGGUUGAGGCUCCAGUUUGCACAAUGCUUGGCUGCACUGGACCAAUUCCAAACGACGGCUCAUACGCAAUUCUGUCUUCGGUCGUCGAGAGCAAAGCCUGCGGACAAAUGUUCGUGCCUUUGAAUGGCUGCAGCGACAACAAGGGUUAUCCAAUGGGAAUGCUGUGCUCAGUUUGCUGCGAUUGCACCAACAGCUUCGUUACCGAAAUGAAGAAAACCUUCGGUUACAUGCAAGGAUUGAAAACCGCGAGCUUCAGCUCCUAA